UUCGAAUUCUCGGCCCGGAGAAACUUGGUGCCGAGCCGAUUUUUGGGAGCCCGCGACAGGCAUACACGCGAAAACACUCGGUCGGCUGCCUCCGCAACACAGCUUCGAUUUGUUCUCUUUUCUGCUCUUCAUAUACCCGGAAUAGACUGCUAGUCAUUAUGUCGGCCGCACAGUUGCUAAAUCCAAAGGCGGAGUCCAGGGCAAGUCUCGUCCGAGUUGAGCUACAUAACAUAGCUAAUAGUUGAACAGCGGCGCGGCGAAGCUCUCCAAGUGAACAUUUCGGCAGGAGAGGGUCUGCAAAAGGUGUUGGCAUCCAAUCUUGGACCCCGCGGUACCUUGAAAAUGCUGGUUGAUGGUGCUGGUCAAAUCAAGCUCACUAAAGAUGGGAGUGUGUUGUUGAAAGAAAUGCAAAUACAAAACCCAACCGCCGUCAUGAUUGCGCGAGCUGCGACUGCCCAGGAUGAUAUCACGGGAGAUGGAACUACGUCAGUGGUGCUCAUGGUAGGCGAGCUGUUGAAGCAAGCAGACCGCUACAUCGCUGAGGGACUUCACCCGCGUGUCAUAACGGAUGGUUACGAGAUUGCGAAGACGGAGACUCUGAAGUUCCUCGAUCAAUUCAAGCUACAAAAGGAAGUCGACCGAGAAUUACUACUUUCUGUAGCACGGACAUCCCUAUCUACGAAACUUGACAGCACCCUCGCCGAACGAUUAACACCAGCCAUCGUCGAUUCAGUACUUGCGAUAUACCAACCGCCAGCGAAGCCAGAUCUACACAUGGUCGAGAUCAUGACUAUGCAACACCGCACAGCCACGGAUACACAGCUGAUUCGCGGUCUUGCGCUCGAUCACGGAGCGAGACACCCCGAUAUGCCUAAGCAUGUCGAGAAUGCUUUCAUACUCACACUCAACGUCAGCUUGGAGUACGAAAAGUCAGAAAUCAACUCUGGCUUCUACUACUCAAGCGCCGACCAACGAGAGAAACUUGUGGAAAGUGAGCGACGAUUCGUGGACGACAAGUUGAGAAAAAUUGUCGAGUUGAAGAAGGAGGUGUGCGGAGAUGACCCGAAGAAGGGCUUUGUGAUAAUAAACCAGAAGGGAAUCGACCCCCUGAGCUUGGAUGUCCUGGUCAAGAACGGUAUAUUUGCUCUCAGGCGAGCUAAGCGGAGAAACAUGGAGCGUCUGCAGCUUGUCUGUGGUGGCACAUCCCAGAAUAGUGUGGACGAUCUUUCCCCCGACGUUCUUGGAUGGGCCGGGAAGGUAUACGAGCAUCAACUGGGUGAAGAGAAGUAUACUUUUGUGGAAGACGUGAAAGAGCCGAAAUCGGUCACACUGCUCAUCAAGGGACCAAAUGCUCAUACCAUCACCCAGAUCAAGGAUGCAGUACGAGAUGGUCUUCGAAGUGUUCACAAUAUGAUUGUGGACAAGAGCGUAGUGCCGGGAGGUGGCGCAUUCCAGGUUGCUUGCGCUGCUCACCUUUCCAGCGAGGAUUUCAGGAGGACGGUGAAGGGCAAGGCAAAAUGGGGUGUUGAGGCAUUCGCAGAUGCUUUGCUGGUUAUCCCAAAAACCUUGGCCGCCAAUUCAGGACACGACAUCCAGGACUCAUUGGCUGCGCUGCAAGACGAGCACGCGGAAGGCAACGCCGUCGGGCUCAACCUGGCAACUGGAGAAGCCAUGGACCCAGAGCAGGAGGGCGUUUAUGAUUCAUUCCGGGUGAUCCGUAACGCAAUCGCCUCAAGUACCGGAAUCGCAUCCAAUCUACUCCUGUGCGACGAGAUGUUGAAAGCUCGGCAAAUGGGACGGGCGCCAGGGCCUGGGGAUGAGCAGUAA